AUGGCGGCUCCUUACACGGUUCAUACGUCAACGCUGUUUGAUCCAAAGAAGAAGGCAUUUGUGUCCAAUAUCUCCAUCACGGUAGAUCCAAAGACUGGGCUCAUCGUCGACGUCACCGAGAGGAAGCCUGACUCGCUGGGCAGCACUGUUCCCGAUGGCGACAUCGACCUCAGAGGCAAGGUCGUGAUGCCGGGUCUGGUUGAUGCCCACACUCAUAUCUUUCUUCAUUCUUACGAUGAACGCCCGUCCCUUACUCAGAAACGCGACGAGAGUGUGCCAGAGAGAGUGAUUCGUGCUGUCCAUCACUGCCGGACGGCAUUGCUAUCAGGAUAUACGACCUACCGUGACCUGAGCUCCGAGUCCAUGCAAGAGAUGGAUGCCCAAAUCCGAGAUUGUAUCAAUCGUGGUCUCAUCCCGGGACCCCGUCUAUUCGUGGCCACCCGUGCCCUCGCCAGCACCGGCUCUUACGAGCUCCGCACCGAGAACCAUGCCAACGGAGUAUGUUAUCCCCGUGGAGGCGAGGCAAUUGAUGGGGUCGACGAGGCACGGACGGCGGUCAGGCGUCGGAUCGCCGCCGGCGCCGAUAUCAUCAAGUUCUUCGCCGACUAUCGACGACGAAUUAUGCGCUAUCCGCCCACACAGCAACACCCCUAUAUUGCGAGUCCCACGCAUCCUCCUAAAGACCCGAAUCCAGACAUCCUUGUCUUUGCCCAAGAGGAGAUGGACAUGAUUGUCAAGGAGGCGGCAAUGGCAAAGGCCCCGGUAGCUUGCCACGCCGGUACUAUCGAGGGCGCAACGAUGGCCGUCAAGGCCGGUGUGGCGACCAUCGAGCAUGCUUACUUUGCCAAUGAGGAGCUCUUCCAACUGAUGAUCGAGAAGAAAUGCGUCUUCGUCCCAACUCUUGCAGUCUGCGAACGGGUCCAUGCAAAACGUUUCCACGAGAUCUUGGACCAAACCAGGCUUGCUUAUAAGAUGGGCGUUCGGUUUGCUUGCGGCGGAGACACUGGCACUUACCCCCACGGUCAGGGCGUCAGGGAGAUGGAGCUUUUGAUGGACGCAGGCAUGUCGUUGGAAGAUACGCUCGAGUCCUGCACAGUCGGGGGCUGGGAAGCUUGUGGAAAAGACCUCUGUGGGAUGCGAUUUGGCUGGUUUGAGAAGGGACUCCGAGCGGAUCUCAUUGCUCUACGCGCCGAUCCCCGCGAGGACAAAAGGGCUUUGAGAAGGGUUGAUUUUGUGAUGAAGGAUGCAACCAUCUACAAGCGGGAUGGGAAAGCGGUGGGAAUGAUAAGAGACGACCAUGAGUGGGACCGGUAA